GUACGCUUUGUUUUUUCGUACGUCUACUUCUAACGCGUUUUUCACACUUGGGUGGUUUUGGACAGUUUUCCGGGUGGUCCAGUAAGACUUUUUACAUUAUUGCGUCACUGAUGGUCUUUAUAAAAAUGGAGGACAACACGGAAAAGCUGUACGUCGCCCAGUGAUACCAUUGUUCCUGAAAAUUAGUCAUAAUAAAUAUUUUUCGAUACUUUAUACAUAAGAAUUACGAAAAUGCGGGAAAAAUUGCCGCCUUUUCCCUCGCACAUCAGCAUAACCACUAUUAAUGAUUUUCCGUACUCGGAAAUAAUAAACAAGAAUGGGACGUUGGUCGGCAGAGGCCUGUGUUUUGAUUUUUUUCACGAAUUAAUGAAAAAGUUCAAUUUUACUUACACAAUCGUACCACCGGAAAAAGAUGUCAUUGGCGAUAGUACCACUGGCAUGAUAAAGCAACUUUAUAAAAACGAGGUCGACAUGGCAGUCUCGCACAUCCCGAUAAUACCCGAAUUGGCAAAGUACGUCGACUUCAGCGACGCCAUCGAGUUGAUGGACAUGACCUUCCUGAUCCCUCGACCCGGCACAUCGGCUACCGGUACCGGUCUCUUCGCUCCCUUCAGCGAGCGCGUCUGGUGGGCCAUUUUGUUCUCCAUCUUCAUAAUCGGACCUGCCAUUUACAUCAUUAUCAUUCUGAGAUCUAGACUCAGCAAGUGCGAGGGCAGCGAGAAGUUUACUUUCUUCAUGUGCUUGUGGUGGGCUUACGGAGCUCUCGUGAAGCAGGGCACCAUUGUCGCGCCGCCAGGAGACUCCAUUCGUAUAUCGUUUUCAUUCUGGUGGAUAUACAUAACUAUACUGUCGUCGUUUUACACGGCCAACUUGACGGCCUUUUUCACCCUGAACAAGUUCACUUUGUGGAUAAAUUCGAUCGAAGAUCUGCUCUACUGGAGGUACUCGUGGUGGAUAGUCGAGGGCCGAUCCGUAGACACCCUCAUUCAACACAACGAUCCUGCGGUGCAGCCGCUGAUAACUUCGAGAAAAUGGGGCUACGGUUACACCUCCACCGAUUACAACAUGAGUUUCACCAACAUCUUGAAACACGCGGACAAGCGGGUCUUCAUAGUCGACCGUACCGUGGCCAUGCUGGCGAUCCAGAAGGACUACAUCAACCAAACCCUGAAGGAGAUACCCGACAACUUCCGCUGUCGCUACGCCAUAAGCGACAAGAGGGUCUUUCAAAAGCUUCGUGGCUACGCUUUUCCCAAAAAAUCGAUCCUCCGGAAUAUCAUGGUCGCCUUCGAGAACGGCUUCGUCGAGCACUACCGUAACAGGAUGACGUCCGUGUCGCAGGUCUGUCCGCUCGACAUAACGAUGAUUGAGCGCCAACUGAAGGUCUCCGAUCUCUACGUCACCUACAAGGUCUGCUUCUACGCCUACUCCGCGGCAGGCUGUCUCUGGGCUCUGGAGGUCUUGAGCUGGCUGGUCCUGAAGUUUGCCAAGUGCGGCAAGUUCAAGGGGAAGCUGUCCAAGGUGGGCCAGAUCGAGGACACGGAGCCCCGGGACUACGGAGCCAGUGAACCGGCAGUGCUGUCGGCAAAGGAAGGCUGGCCGUCGAGGUCGCCGCCACCGUCGUACGAGAUGAGCACCGAGGCUGCCGCUGCUGGUGGGUUCCAGAACAACACCAUGUCGAUCCAGGGUCGUGAGUACGACGUCGUUCACGAGGGAUCCGGUGCUCGGCGCUUGAUACCCAGCAAGAACUCGACGAGCAAUUUGUUUCAGUACCUCCACUAGAUCUCGCUGCUUUACUUUUGGGCUGGGGUUAUUUGAGUUUGCGUUGCUUUGAUUGUUGAUUUGAUUGCCCAUUGAGCAGCGUAAGGUCGCUUGGGAAUUCGAGUUAUUUUUUUCCUUCUUU